AUUAGUGUGCGCGAAGCUGCGACGUCCUUUUCCAGCUCAGCUCGGCUCAGUCCUGCUGGAAGACGUCUCCAGAAGGACACCGGCUUCAUCUCACUCUCCGCAUGAGCCUCCUCCACGCUCUCGCUCUGCCCGCAGGAUGAAGAGUCCACACUCGCUCCGGCUCUCUCUGCUCCUUCUGCUGCCUCACAUCCACCUCGCAAGACAAUCAGAUUUUGCUCCUUACUUCUAUGACAAUGGUCCCAGCAGCACCAGUGGGAACAUGGCGCUGUUCAGCAUUGCUGAAGACACACCAGUGGGAGCUCAGGUGUACACUCUGAAUGGCACUGACCCUGAGGGAGACAGUGUCAGGUAUGGCCUGACCUUCGAAAAAGGUUCUAAAGAGUACUUCCGGGUCGAGCCUAAGUCCGGCAGGGUCACUCUGAUCUCAGAGCUGGACCGAGAGGUAGAGGAUGAAAUAGCCGUACUUGUCAGCAUCACUGAUGGGAGGAAUAAGGUGGUCGAGAAAGGACGCGUGUUCGUCACAGACGCCAACGACGAAAAGCCCGAGUUUCUAAACCUGCCCUUCAUCGUCAGUGUCCCUGAGGACACUGAAGCAGGGAGCAGCAUUUUUAAAGUUCAGGCUGUGGAUAAAGACCUGGGCUCUGGGGGGAGCGUCACAUACUUCUUACAGACCACUCCCAAUACCAAGUUCACCAUAGAUGGCCAUAGCGGAGUCCUUCGAAUCAAACCUGGAGAGUAUCUCGACUACGAAACCUCCAAAACGCAUUUUGUCACUGUGGUUGCUAAGGAUGGUGGUGGUAAAUAUAAUGGAAAACAUCAAGUGAUGACCUCUUCAGCCACCAUAACCAUCAAUGUCCUCGAUGCCCAGGAUUCUCCUCCUACUUUUGUAGGAACACCGUAUUUUGGAUAUGUCUAUGAAGUCUCAGUCCCUGGGUCAGAGAUCUUCACUGUUUUUGCCAAGGAUGGAGAUCAAGGCAACCCCAACCCUAUUCAGUACUCUAUUUUUAAUGGCAGUGAUGGCUCCUUCAGCAUCAACAGCUCAAGUGGCUGCAUCACCUUGACAACAUAUCCCAUCCAACUGAAAAAUGAGUUGUAUGAACUUCAGGUCAAGGCCUCAGAGGUCGGGCCAGAAAACCAAUUGCUUGACUACACCAUCACAAUGGUGACAAUCCGCGUGGUGGACCUCAACAACCACCCGCCAACAUUUUAUGGCGAGAAUGGGCCUCAGAACAGGUUUGAACUGACCAUGUAUGAGCACCCGCCUGAAGGGGAAAUCCUCCGAGGCCUGAAGAUUACAGUCAAUGACUCUGACCAGGGGGCAAAUGCUAAGUUCAGACUGAGGCUGGUGGGACCUGGUCGAGUUCUUCGUGUGGUCCCUCAAACGGUGCUUAAUGAAGCCCAAGUCACCAUUAUAGUGGAGAACUCAACGGCCAUCGACUAUGAAAAAUACACGUUUUUAUCAUUCAAGCUGUUAGCAGUUGAAAUUGACACGCCGGAGCGUUUCAGCGCCACAGCAGACAUCAUAAUCCACCUUCUGGACACCAAUGAUAACACCCCCAAGUUUUCCACUGACUUUUACAUCGCCAGGAUCCCUGAGAACUCACCUGGAGGCUCCAAUGUUGUAUCUGUCACUGCCACAGAUCUGGACUCAGGCCUGUGGGGAGAUGUGAAGUACUCCAUCUAUGGCUCAGGAGCUGAUCUGUUUCUGAUCCACCCCACUUCAGGAAUCAUCUAUACUCAGCCGUGGGCCACUCUGGACGCUGAAGUGAAGUCCAAGUAUAAUUUUUAUGUGAAAGCAGAAGACACUGAGGGUAAAUACAGCCUGGCCGAGGUCUUUGUCACUGUGCUGGAUCUAAAUGACCACCCUCCAGAGUUUGAUGAAAACUUCCUGGAGAAGACCAUGAUCAUCGGUGCGCCUGUGAAAGUAGAGGCGGUGGAUGACGAUGCAGAAGAACCAAAUAACGUCAUCGAGUACUCCAUCAUGAAGGCAGACCCAGAAAACGUUUUCGACAUCAACACUAGCACAGGCGAGAUCAAGCUCAAACCGUUCAUCAAGUCCAUGGAGAUCGUGCAGAACAUCACCAGACAGAAAGACUGUAAGUGGUCCGUGGUGGUCCAGGCUCGAGACGGCGGAUCUCCGUCUUUCACCACCACAGCUGUGGUGAAGAUUGACAUCACUGAGGCGAAUCCUCUCUCGGGCCCCAUGGCGGCCUUUUUAAUGCAAAGUAGGGACAAUCCGUUGAAAGCCCUAGGCAUGGUGGCCGGGGUCAUUAGCGUAAUGGUAAUGGUCACGGUGUUGAUCUCCACGGCCAUGUACAUGCGCAACACAAAGUCCAACAGGAUCGCCCCGGCCCGUCGCAUCAUCCGCCGUAAACGCCGGGAGCAGCAGCAGUGGAACUUCAAAACGCCCUUCGGUCAGCCUGACAGCCCUGACAAGGUCGUGGCUGACGAUGUGGAGAGCAACACUGCCAACCGCAACAAGAACAACAACAGCUCGUGGCCCAAGCCACCCCCACCCACUGCGCCGGUCCUGCCUCCGCCACCACUGGCCAAUCUCAGGGUCACUGAGCGUCAGAGGUCGGCGGUGCCCACCAUCUCGGGGUCACUGACCUCUAGGAGCUGCAGCCGCACCUCCAGCCAGAAAUCCCUCACUAGCAAGGAUACAGAAGACAGGCCCAGCCAGAGCAAAGAGGGAAACGUCAGCUCAGCGCUGGUGUCAGAGCUGAAGAAAAAGCUAGAGCAGAAGAUCAUAGAGGCAAACCAAGGCUAUUACUACUACUGAGGCCAGUGGCUUAGCAUAGAUACUAACCACUGAAGCCAGUGGGUUAGUGUAGAUGCUAUUGGACCUGUCGGGACGGUGGAGUUUGGACUGAUGUGAAGCACAUGCCGUCCUCUGUUGGAACGGAAGUGCAGGAUUAUAGGACUGCAGCGGGAUUUUUGUGCAGAAAUGUCUUCUUGGGGUGGAAAACGGAUGUUGGACUAUUAAAUCUAUAAGCUUCUAUAAUAUAUAGCAACAUAGAAAACUAUACAUUAGCUUCGGGAUACAUAAUAGGCCAAGGCUUGAAAUGGAAAAAAUGGAAUGAGACAAAAGCGCAACUGUAGAAUCGGAAGUUUAGAGGCAAAAAGAAAGGAAAACGGAACAAAGACAAGAAAAGCAUACAAUUAAAUGUGAAUUAAAAUAGUAUCUGCUAGUUUUCUUUCCUUGUACAGUCCGUGCGCUUAAUGCUUCCAGCACAGUCCGCUUACAGAGCAGCAGCACAGAUGUUAUUAGGCAGCUUGAGACAAGUGCUCUGGUUCUUGAGUAGCUCGACGCUGUACUGCCAUCUUCAGGUGAAGGUAGACCUUUCGAUUAAUGAUAUUUCACUCACAUAUUACACUUAUACUAUAGAGAACAGAGACAAAGCACAAAGAUAAAUAAAAUAAAUUAAAAACCAUUAGGUCUAAACAGCUGGGCAUUUUUGUUUUGGCACUUUUGUAUGUACAUAUUAAUGUUUCUGUAUUAUUUCGGCCUGCAAGCCCAUCACUAAUGACUGUGAUGUUUACUCAAAUGCACAACACCCAUAUUGAUAGAGCAUGGUGGUGUGCUAAUCGACACCCAAAUGCCAGUUCUUCCCGUAUUAACUAACCAACAGACACGGUAGCAGAUACAAUAAAGAGGAAUUCCUCCAGUGUUUCAGAAUUUCAGCGUAACUGACUGGUUAAGAUGUAAAGGCAGUCAGAGUGGAGGUCUAGAGAAACUUAGAGUCAGAACAGUUCACAGUGGUGGUGGUGGUGAUAGGAACCAGACGUCUGAAGAGUCUAAUACCUCUAAAAACUCCCUCACAGAAAGUUAGUACAUGAUAGGGUUGGCUCUGGGAACUAUCACAGUGGAGAGGACCCUGCAAGGUUGCCUCCAGUUUAUUACUUAUUUCUUCAGAUGUAUCACUGUUUUAUCAUUAAUGAUGUUACAUAUCACUCAGACUGGUGUAGGUUCACUAGUGGUUUGUCAUUAUUGUGACCCCUGGUUCCAUUCACCACCACUGAGUUUAAAUCUGACUAUGUUUACAUCUCAACCUCGGAAUUAUGCAGCUGUAUUAUAUUCCGCAUAUACAGUAGCAGUCAAAAUUUUGGACAUGCUUGAUCGGGUGUUAUGUUCUUAAAGGCAUCUUGUCAAGGCUUGAGACAAAUGUAAAUAGUGAACUUGAUGCAUAUGUAUUUAUUUCCAAAAUGAGCACUGUUAACGUUAUACUUGACAUUAUAUGCUGUCAAGAAUGGUGACAGAUCUUGCUCAGUAGUAUAUCCGUGUAUAUAUGGACAGUCUAUCACCGUUGUCAGAAGAAAAUCUUGUAUUUCCAAAAUUUAACUUUACAGGAGAAGGAAAAACCUGCUUCACUUUUAAUGUAAGUCAAUGGAACCAGACUUUUUCCCCCAAGUCAUUCUGGGCCGCUUCUUUUG